GCUUCCACCAACGAAAUGCGAAUGAUUUUUAGACACUUUAUUUUUAUUUUGCUGUUAGCUGCAUUGUCAGCAGGUGAAAAAUACAAAUUAAAAGAACUAGAUUUUGAUUUUGUAAAAAAUGAGAAACCGGUUCGAAUAUUUACAGACUCUCAGCUGAAAGAAUACGAUGGAUCUGAUGCAUCUAAACCUCUGUAUAUGGCUAUUAAAGGAGUUGUCUUUGAUGUCAGCAGUGGUGAAGACUUUUAUGGGAAAGGCUCCCCAUAUAAUGCCUUAAUUGGCAUAGAUUCCACUCGUGCAGUGGCCAAGAUGUCACUUGAUGAACCAGAUUUAAAUAAUGAUCUUACUGGUCUGACUGAUGACGAGUUGAAGGCGUUGGAUGAGGUGUUUGAGCAGACCUACAAAGCCAAGUACCCAAUAGCUGGCUACAUGGAUUACGUUCUCGAAAAGUAUCCUGAAAAACUUAAGCAGCGGGAAGAUUUGUAGCUGAUUAUAAAUGAUAUUCUCUGUUUAUUUACUGUUUCUAGUCUCAACACUUAUAAUUUUUUUAAAGCAAUGUUAAUAUAUUUUUUAAAGUAACAUUAAUGUUGAGUAUACAUUAAUAAGUUUGGACUUUAUUCUGUUUGGUAUUUUUAUCUCUGUUAAGUUACUAUUACAUGGAUUGCAAAAGGUUGACGAAAAUUGUAAUUACAUAUACUUUUUAAAGUAAUGUUAAUGUUGAAAUACUUUAUGAACAACAAAUUAUAUUUCUAUUUAAGUUACUUUUACUUGUAUUGCAAAAUGUUGUGGAAAAUUGUAUGGUUUACUAUUAUUGUACCAUGCUUAGGUUGUUUUCCGAUUGAGAAAAGUAUGCAACAAAACUGUAUAACCACAUGUUACCAAGCACAAAAAGGUCAGCAGUUAUUUCAAACUCUGCAAGGCUCAAUGUUUUUUGACACUGAUUCAAUCUUUUGUAUGUAAUGUUUUUGGUUAUUCAUAAUGUUACACAUUCAUAAAACUUCUGGUGUAUCUGUUAUUUGUUUGGGAAAAUUUAAUAAGAUUAAGUGUCAUAAAUUCAAAACUUUAAUUUUAAAAAAAAUACUUUGAUGUGGAAAUAUAAGUAUUUCAUAUAGAUUUGUUUAAAAAAUGUUUUAAAACAAAAACAAAUUUUCACUGAAACUUUCUGAUGCAUUUCAAAUAAAUUGUACAAGCAAAUAAAAAAAAAAUUAACAUUUAGUUAUAUAUGUGUAUAACAAGUAUGAAAUGUGUGAAUUUGACUGUUCAUUGAACUCUGUGAUGGUUUUGUCACAGCAGUAAAUUAUCUGAUUAAAUCAGUUUUAUAAUGUAAUAACACAUAAUACAAGUGACAUGACACAAGUUUACCAUCAUAAAGCAACAUUUUGGUAUCAGAUAAUAUUGUGUUUUGUUGUAAUUAUACAUUUUAUUUGUAAUAGACAUUUUAAUUGUAUUAAGCAUUUUAAUUGUAUGUUAUUUACUCAGUAUGCUAUUUACUUAUUUACUGGUCUUAUUAAUACUUAUUGGGAUUUAUUGUGUAUUUGUUUUUGUUAAGUACCGGUAUGCAUUAUUCAAAAUAGGAUAUUGUUUUGCUCUUUUAUUAUUGGCAUUAAAUAGUUUGUUUUUAUAGGCAGUUAAAUAUAUAAUUAUGCCUUUUGUUCAGUUCUGUAGUUCUGUACUUAAAUUUUAAAUAUACUGAUCUCCACUGAAAACACACCAGUCAGAUUUCUAGUUGUAAAAAAGAUAUGAGAAAAAAAGAGAAAAGGUUUAACUGAUUUUGUGUAAUUGGAUGUAUUCUGGUAGGCAAUAAAUAACCCCCAAAUUGUAUACAAGGGUUAGGAUUAUUAUGUGUUGCAGAGCAACCUCACGUAUGCAAUAAAUAACAACCGAACAUUGAGUGGUGCUUUUUUAAUGGAGUUCAAUAUAUUGAGUAUAUAUAGCCAAAACAUGUCACAUUAACCUUCAAACCUUAUUGCCAAUACUGAAAAUACUUUAAUAUGUGUAUUUUAUUCAUAUCUGUAAAUAAUAAUAUAUUAUUUUGCUUUAAUUACGUUUUUUAAAUUUAUAUUAUUUUAUGAUGGUGAAGGACAUGUUGGAUUUUAUAUGGUGAUGUGGUUGGAGAAAUAGGUACUUUAAAAGUCAAAUAUAUAUUUUUACAGUCCUCAGUACAUUCCUGAUUACUAGUCGGCUGAGAGGAUGACGGUUAAUCACAUUGUCCAGAUGGGUAAUUAACUUGAUGGUAGUUGGUGGACGACUUGUGACAAAAUUAGAACCAGAAUUACCUUCUUUCAGAUGUACAUGUUUCUUAAUUGGUGUGUUUGUGUUGUUGUUUGUCUGACAUUCAUAAGUUUAAGACAUCCAAAACGACAAAAACUAUAGAUGGUUGUGUUAGUUGUGAAAAAAGUUAACACUGUUAUUUUUCUUUUUGUUAAUGUUUUUUUUUUGUCCCCACCGCUCCCAUAUGAUGUAAACGGUCACAUAAAGUAUAAUCAAAAUUUUAUUACUUUUUAUAUGUGCUUUUAUAAUAGCUACUUAUAAAUUCGAGAAACUGAAAUGGAUCAUUUCAAGUUCACAUUUGGAUGGUCUAUCUUAGACUAGCUGUUUCUAUGGAAUUAUAAGUGUGGAGGUGGGUUUGAGCCCUAUAGAGUCCAGAGAUUCGGAGCAUGCUCCCCAUGAAGCUUUGAUCUUUGAAUGGUCUCAAAAAUUAUUUUCUAACAUUAGGAAAAAAAUAAUGGCAUAGUUUCAAAUGAAAAAUGUUUACUUGUUUUUGUGUUUAUUUAAUAGAUGGAAAAAAAAGAGUAAAUUCUAUUUCCCUGAAAUAGUAUGAGGAUGUGGCAUACCUGUGUCUGUCAUUUUCCAUUAUUGUUUGAACUUUAAAAACAAAAAUGAUACUUAUCUUAUUACAACCGAGUAUUACAUGUAUGCAAUACAUAUUUACCUUUUCAUUAUGCAAGAGCUUCAAAUACACAAAUUGAUGCCAAUGUUAUUUUUCAUAUGGCAGGUGUAUGAAGAACCAUUGUCCUAAUUAAAACUGAUUAUUUUUAUAACAGAGUAUGUGUGGAUUUCAUAAAGAUGCUGACCUGUGAUGUCAUGAAUAUACGUACUAGUAUAUGCUAGAUGUUUUACCACCGAUGUGUUAUUAUCAAUUGUUCUCUUGGUGCUGUACUUUUGAAAUAUUUUUAAUACCAUCAAUAUUUGACUGACUUGAGCUUCAAAGGGAUUAUCCUGAGUUUGUAGACAUUUUAAAAUGUUUUCAGCAAAUAAAAUGUUUUUACAUUAUUAAAAUUACAAUUUACUUACAUUUUUGUGUUCAUAAUAUGGACAGCUUUAUAACCAAUGCAUUUCAGAUCAUUGUAAUGUUUUGUAUUAUUUCAGUAUACAUUUUUGUCUACAAUAUUUGUGGUGCAUGAAUUAUUUCUUCCAAUGGUCAAACAAAAUUGUAUAUGACUACGCCAAAGGUCGUCCCAAAUGUAUUUAUCUGUAUGAUGGUUUAUAUUUAAAACAUUAUGGUAAGAUAGUGUUUUAGAAGACAGAACGUGUUUAUUUUGUUGGUUGGGGGGGACAAACAGAAGUCUUGCUAGGGCUGAAAACUCAGGAUAGUCCCUUUAAACUUGGCAUUUUUUAUAUACAGUAAUAAGUGUGUAACACUGAUUUUGUAACUGUUAUGAGGUGAAUGGUAAUAAAAGUUAUUGAAAUUGUAA